CUGCCGCGUCGAAACGAAACGUGCAGAUUGCGGUGUGUAUUCCGUAAUCUUCAGUCGUGGUGUUUUUGCAGAUUGUCUUGUGAUUUUCAACCCUCGCAGCCCGUUGAACGGUGCUGAGUAACUAUACUUUACUGGCACUCUAUUGGACAGAAAGGAGUAAACCUGUUUAGUUUGGUUUCGUAAAGAAACAGCGCUGCAACAACAUGCCGCCAGCCGAGAAACAGGAAGAGAAGGAGCAUACGAUCGAUGAGCCUGCCGUCGUCGAGAAGUACAAAGUGGCCGGUGAUAUCGUAAAUAGAGUCCUUCAAACGACUAUUAAAGCAUGUGUCGCUGGUGCUUCUGCGAAGGAAAUCUGCCUGAAGGGCGAUGCUAUGUUGAUGCAGGAGGCGGACAAGAAAUACAAGAACGAUGAAGACAUGAAAAAAGGUGUCGCCUUCCCAACGUGCCUCUCGGUGAAUAAUUGCAUCUGCCACUUCUCGCCAUCGCGCAACGAUCCCGACUACAUACUGAAGGAAAACGAUGUAGUCAAAAUCGAUCUGGGUGCCCACAUCGACGGAUUCAUUGCGGUUGCGGCGCACACCAUUGUCGUCGGUGCAACGGCCGAGAAGAAGUGCAAAGGUAAAGCAGCGGACGUGGUGCUGGCGGCUUACCAUGCUAGCCAGGCCGCACUGCGGCUACUUAAGGACGGCACCGGCAACUACGCAGUGACGGAAGCGGUGCAGAAAAUUGCAGCCGACUUUAAGUGCAAACCGAUCGAGGGCAUGCUGAGCCAUCAGCUGAAACAGUUCAAAAUCGACGGUGAAAAGACCAUCAUCCAGAAUCCAACGAUUGCGCAGAAGAAAGAGCAUGAAAAAUGCGAUUUCGAGAAGUACGAGGUGUACGCCAUGGAUGUACUCGUCAGCACCGGCGAGGGACUUGGCAAGGAACAGGAUACUCGGGUGGCUAUCUACAAGAAGACGGAGGAAAACUAUCUACUUAAGCUGAAAGCGUCCCGUGCGUUCUAUGCCGAGGUGAAGAGGAAGUACGGACCGAUGCCUUUCAAUUUGCGCAACUUCGAGGAGGAAGCCAAGGCCAAGAUGGGCGUCAACGAAUGUGUGACGCACAAGCUGGUGGAACCUUUUCAAGUAUUAUACGAGAAGCAUAAUGAAUACGUUGCUCAGUUCAAAUACACGGUACUAAUCCUUCCCCAAGGGCUGCGAAUCGUGACCGGCUAUCCGUUUGACCCGACGUGCUACGAAAGCGAACACAGUGUGCAAGAUGAGGAGAUGAAGAAGCUGCUUGCUACGGAUCUGAAGCUUGCUGAUUCGAAGAAUCCUUCCGCUGCCAUCCCCGGUGGGCUGCCGGUCAAGGACAAGAAGAAGAAAAAGAAGAAGAAGAAGAAGUCGGGCACUGGAGCCGCCACGGCUGCUGGUGAGGAUGAAGCUGCCGGGGAUAGCGGCGACGAGGAGGAAGUCGAUGCGAAGGAAGAGAAAGCAUAACAAUGCAGCAUGAUGCCGUUUACCGAUGGUGCUAAAGUAACAACAAACACCUAGGCUUCGUCUUCGACCACUUCAUCGAACGUCCGUACUGAUACAUGUUUAAUUUCUUUCGUUUAAUUCGGGCUCUAAUCUUUCAAACGAAGAGUUAAUUUUGUUCAACCAAGUUUCGACAAGUGACGUUCGUAACGAUUAUUCAUAAAACGGAGAACGGUUAAGAAAAUCCCCUCCCCACACCGAAGUUCUACAGUUAGGUCCGAAGGAAGAUCUAAAAAUAGAAUAUGUUUGCUAGCGCCACCUAUCGGCAAGUCCAUUUACUUAUGUUUCGAUUGUAGAUUCUAUGCCGCAUUUUGCGUCUGGAGAUAAAAAUUGCAACAACAAAACACUCGUAAACUGUGUUCAUACUUCUAUAGCUUGUAUCAAUGGAUGCAUCCUGAUUUGUUGAAAAGAAAAGUGGUUCUUCAGUCGGAAGGGGUUUUGCCUUUACCUUUGUUCGUUACUAACCGGGUCCUUGUUGCAACACGUUGUAGAACAUUCUCAAAGCCCUUUUUUACAUUUCGUAAUAGGUUUGUUUUUUUGUCGCAUAUUUCAUUUAAAACAGAUCAGAUACAAAAAUAAAUGUGUCUGAAAUAUG